AUGUUCACGGUUAUAGAAUCUCCUUUCCUAAAACAGUACGUUGAUUCUAUCAUGGGAUCGAAUGAUCCCUGUUCAGGAGAGAAUCUACUGAAUUUGACAGACACAAGUGAAGAGCGUGUACUUUCUGAAAUCGAGGAUCGUUUCAAUAAAAAGAGAAUUUACACGAAUGUCGGAGGCGUUCUACUUUUUAUAAAUCCAUUCGAGAAGUACAGUAUCUAUGAUGAAUCUGUGAUUGCGCAGUAUCAGCAAUUUAAUAAAUAUGCGCAUAUUUUCACACCAGCUAGAUGUGCCGUCGAGAAUAUACAAAGUGGGUCCAGUGCAGAAUGCAUAGUUUUCAGCGGAGAAUCUAGUUCUGGAAAGUCUUUCAAUGCAUAUCAAGUGAUGAAGUAUUUGGCAACGUCACAUAACAGUAAAGUCACAGUGAAACAUAUUGAUGCCAUCACUACAAUAUUCAAUAGUUUCGGUUGCGCUAAAACUGUAAAAAAUGACGAUGCCACAAGAUUUGGUUAUUGCAUGGAUUUUCUAUACAAUAAAAAUGUCCUUUCUGGACUGAGUCUUCGAAACACUCUACCGCUGGAAACAAUCCGUGUAGUUUCUCAGAAACCAGGCGAACGAAAUUUUAACGUCUUCUAUGAACUUUGUGCUGGGAUGUCAUCAGAUACAAAAGCCACCUACGGGAUUCGUGAUCAGCAGAAAUUUUUCUAUUUAACACAGGGCAAGGUCGGAGAGAAUAUUCGCGAUGAUGCUCUAAAUUUUCCUCGACUAGACGGUUCACUAGAAAUUCUUGGAUUUUCGGAAGAACAACGUCAAAUUAUUUACAAGACUCUUGCAACAAUUCUUCAUCUUGGAAACAUGUAUUUCCGGCAACGACGGAAUGCUGAGGAUGAAACGGAAUAUGUGGAAGUAAGUAACGACGUUGAACUAAAAUGGGCUUCCUAUCUGCUUGACGUCGACAUGUUCUCCUUCGCUCCUUGCUUCACCCAUAAAAUCAUUAAAACUGAUGAGGGAGUCAGUAAGACAGCGUUCAGCAUGGGUCAAGCACUUGAUGCAAGAGACGCGUUAGCAAUGACCCUCUAUGAGGUCGUCUUCAGUUGGAUCCUCAAUCGAAUCUCGUUACAUUUGAAAUGCUCUGACCAUAACGCUGUCAUCAGCGUUAUUGAUUAUUAUGGUGUUGAGCGUUACAUCAAUAACGGAUUGGAGCAACUGCUUAUCAACAGUGUGAAUGAAAAAUUAGAAAAUGCAUUCUUGAAACAGACAUUUCUGGAUGAAAUGGCUGACUACACUGAGGAAGGAUUGACAUUCGAAUGGAAGAUGCCAGCAUCUCUGGACAACGAAAAAGUACUGGACCUCCUCUGUAAAAAACCAUAUGGUCUUCUGUAUCUUAUCGAUGAUGAAUGUAAAUUUCCUAAGGCUUCUGACGAAUCCUACCUUCGACAUUGUAAUCUUAACCAUCUGGAUAAGAAUGUGUACGGAAAGGCAAAAAAUAAAGAAAGACUGCAAAUGUCGGUCCGACAUUCGUUUGGAUCAACAUGGUACACUGUUCACGGAUUUGUUCAACGAAAUAAACGUGCUCUUCCUGGAAAUGUUGUUAAAAUUCUAGCUGAUAGUCAGAAUACGGUGAUAUCCAUGCUUUUCCGUCCUCUCGCAGGUACAAAGGAAGGCAAUGACUAUGUGGUUUAUGCUGGUCAACAGUUCAACACCGCUUCAACGGCGUUAGUGGAAAAAAUUGUGAGUAGUCAGUCGCAUUUUGUCCGAUGUGUACGCUCUAACAACGAACGUAUUCCUGCACGUCUUGAUGAAACGUCUCUGGCUCGACAGCUAAAAGCUCUCUCCAUUAUCGAAACAUUGCAUUUUCGACAAGCAGGAUUUCCUGUACGGAUACCGUUUGAACGGUUCGCAAGGAAUUAUCGCUGCCUUUUGCCAUCCGAUAUAGCACUGUGCCAGAAGCAGAAGGAAAUAAUCGUCGAUAUCCUAGAUGGCCAGGGUGUUAAGUUUGCCGAUGACUAUCAAAUAGGAACUAACUACGUGUUUAUGCGUGAUCGUUUGGCGAACAGGCUGCAAACUCUUCGUGAAAAGACACAACGAGAAGCUGCUUAUGUAAUCCAGAAAACGAUGCGAACCUAUGUGGCCCGGAAGCGCUACCUUCGUAAGCGCCAAGCUAUUGUCCGGUUGCAGGCUGGUCUUCGAGGAUGGAAAGCUAGGAAGGAGUGCUGUGCGUUACGAGAACAACUUUUCAAAAACCUUAGCGUUCAAACAAAAAGAAAUCGUCGGCUGAAUGCCUAUCACGAAACACUUCUGAGCGAACAUCCGGAUCAGAAAUGUCCAGCAGCUCUACUCGGUUGUCUAGAGGUGGAAAACAUUGCGAACAAAGAAAUCGAGAAAUCAUUAUAUGAACCUAAACCAAAAGUUCCGGAUAUGAAAAUCACAACCGAUUAUCUCUGUUUAAAAUUGAAGAGCCGAAUUCAUACCAUUGAUCCUAUCACCAUUGAAAAAUUCGCUGAAGAAAAUUUUAAGGGCAUUAGCAAUCCAUGCCAACGCGAUGAAAUUUUUGUGCAAAUAUGCAAUCAAAUCUAUAAAAAUCCGGACAAGGAAGCGACAUCACGUUGUUAUCGCCUACUACUACAAGCGGCCGGAGUUUUCUCUCCUACCGAAACUGUUCUUCCGAUGUUGAUCAGCUUUGCAAAUCAACAGAGGCAACCAUUCCAGAUACAGCUAUUGAAUACAAUCGCUAGGAAGAUGAACAUGUUUGAAAAUCAGCAUGGUGCCAGAUUAUUACCAGCAUCACGCCUGGAAAUGGGUGCACUAUGCGGUUUCCACAAUGCAGCUGUUGAAGUCACCAGUCAGGAUGGUGAGGUUCAUGUCGUUGAGGCACAUCCAUGGACGACAAGUGAAGAACUCGUGAAUAGAGUUCUAAGAUAUAGAGGAAUUGGAAAUCCUAGUGGAUGGACGGUUGAGGUAGAAACGGAAAAAAUGCUCUAUUGUCCAACCGGAGCACAUUUUCUACAUGAUGUGAUUUCUGAAAUUGAACUCGGAAAAGAAGAAAACAAAAGGUCUUAUUUUUACAAUUACCCAACCGAACGUACUCUUCCACCUGUGAAUAGGAAGAAAGGUGGUUCACCACCGGAAUCAACUCAAACCAAAGUAUUAAGUCCUGUAGUCAGACGACGUAUGCGACAAAUGAAUGAUAGUCGUGAUACACAUAGUCAUGAUAGAUCAACGGAUACGACAAAUAGUCGCUUGUCACGAAGUGAGGGCAGUCACGAAAGAUCUCCCAACAUGUUACAUGUGACAAGCGUUACGUCAUCACCACCAGCCUAUAGACAAACGUAUCGGAAUGUGGAUGAAGAAGAAGCGGAUUAUUGCUAUGCACUUCCGGUUAAGCCGAGAACAUUAAAUGAUACUAUUGUUCGUUCACCGCAUAUUCCGCAUAUUGGUCCUCGUGAUGAAUGUUCUGAGGACAUACCACCGGAAAUUCCAAGACAACCAAUUCCUAACGGCUCAGUUGCUCGAUUCGAACCUUUGCCUCUCCGUUCAUCAUAUGCACAGUAUAGAUCUAACAACUAUGAACGCACGAACGAUCGUCCUGAAUCAAUGACGACCACCCAGUACUACCCUCAUUCAACGACAAUGCCAAUGGUUCAAUAUGUGCCAGUGAUGAUGGCUGCGCAACCAAUGCAAAUGUUUCCCACCCAAAUCGGUCAACCGUUGGUUCAAACUCCAGUACUCAUGCCUGGUCCCAACGUCCCACAACUAGCAUCAAAUCAAACAACACGUGUGUUUGAAAGUAUUACACAACCGGACCACGUCUCGUCACAUCUGGCGCAGCAUCAACGUGAACCGAGCAUGCUGACUAAUUGCCUAGGUGAUACGGAUGAUCGAACUCACGAUAGUGGGACCGUGAAAAGUAUCCCGAGAGUGGAUUUUGACUCUGUACGCUCGCGAUCAAGCGUCGCAACGCGAGGUGGCGAAUGUGAUUCGCGAAUGUUGAACAGUCGAUGCGAUCAAGUGCCGAGCGUCUAUUCGACCAUGUCUGUUGCGUCAAGGAUUCGAAACAUGCCUGUACCGAACAACAAUCGUGAUGUUGAUCGAUUUCUGGAUGAGGUUUUCGACCAGGUUCUGUCUCCACAUGAGCUUGCUGCUGCUGAGAUGAGUUCACAUCAGAUUGCAGCCAGUAUCAAAGGUGGAGCAUAUGGUCCAAUGGACUAUGAGGGGCCGUACCAGAGAGGAGGACCGUCCCAUCUGAACUAUUCGGAUAAUCCACGUCCUCAGAACGGCAUGGAUUCAGAUCGUUACGAUUAUGUUAACAGAGCAACUAUGGCAGCAAGAGGUCCCGCACGACCAAGUGAACGGUCGCAUAGCGCACCACGUUACGGUACGACGGACAGAAAAUAUCGACCUGUAGCGGAGGAUUCUUCUGACUCAAUCGCCUCGGAUUUGUGUACAAUGCGUGAGUACAUACCAUCACCUCAUGGUACACCAAAUACUCAACGAUCCUCAAGACCAUAUGAUGGAGGGAAUAAAUCAACCAAUGAAAUAUAUGAACCACAACAAAUGGUUUUUAUGAUGCCUAUGCAAAUGAAUGCAUCAAAUGGUCAAAUGAUGCCUGUGCUGAUGACCACUAGUAUGAUGACACCUUCCGUAGCACCGAAUAUGAUGUACUGUAUGUCUACUUCUAUGCAAAACAAACCUUCCUCAAAGCAGAGACGACAUCGUUCAAUGGACGUAUCGCAGUUGAUCACAUAUGACGAUGAGGAAAUUCCACAUUAUUACGCACAACAUAAUUCGAGUUCAUCAUCCGAUUUCCACCCUAAAAAUCAAGGUUUCGAACCAACCAGGUCGAUGUUGAGGCCUGACAACUCGGGUGCUCUUCCGCGUCCAUCGCCGAGAUCACCAUCUCCAUUAAAAUCGCCAUCCUCAGAGCGGAAACAGAAUGGUCUUAAUCGAGUUCCACAGGAUGCGUAUCGAGAGCCGAUCGUACAAAACACUAUAAUCAAUUCUGAACAUCCAAAUCCGCGCAAAUUUCGUAUUCCAGAGAAGAAUCUUGUGAAAGAAAUACAGCAAAAAGAACAAGAAGCUAUUCGAAAAAUUAAUGAACGUCUUAAGAAUCUCCCACCACCCGUCGAUCAUGUUCGGAUCUUCAUUCCAAAGAAGCCACCGGCUCCUGUACCACCACCAGAACCAUCCGUACAAGCAUUUGCAGUUCCGGAAGAACCACGAGAUGUUUACACCCCUCCACCACCUCCUAGUCAAUAUGUACCACCGAGUGAUUAUGUCGUGAAGACUGAAGAACCACAAAAUGAAUGGGUCUUUGAGGGAGAAGUGGAACGACCAGCAGAAUUCGUGGAACAAAGUCGCAGUCCAGUUCCAUAUGUGCAACCACCAAGUGAUACGGAAUCUGUGAGUUCACAUGAAAAGCCUGCUGUACGAUAUGUGAAACAACCGUGGAAACUCACUAUAAGAAAGGAGAUGUUCUAUCCACGAGAAGACCUGGAUGACGUUCAAGUAAUCAAUCAAGUAUUUGCACAAAUUAUUUCCGAUUGCCGCAAAGGAAUCGCAUAUCGUAUCCGAGCAUAUGAGAGGGAUGACGUUGUUAGCAUACUUAAAGCGAACAAUAUUCCUCCAGAAAUGUUGAAUCGACAAACAGAGAUCCCAGUUGACGUAAAAGUUGCCGUUAUUGAGGCGGCUCGUAAAUGGCCGAUGUAUUUUGCGCAAGUGUAUGAGGUAGUUGAGGAACGCCUGGAUGAAUCCGUAUCGGUGUUACUCUCCAUUGGUGAGCAUGGAAUCCGAUUAUCCCUUCACACUCCUUUAGACAAGGAAAAUCCUUUGAAACCACAAGAUCAUUUCAAUUAUUCGGAUUUAACUGAAACAACACUGGAAAAUGAUGAAGUAAUUUGUCUACAUACGAAAAAUCAUAUGACGGUAAGGUUACGUACAAAAAUGGCACAACAAAUCAAGGCACAAAUCGACAAAUGUAUGUACGGCGAAGUACAGAAAAAGCAGUUCGUCCGUGCAACCGCUGAUUAUGUCACUAAACAACCGAAUUUGUUGUCAUUUAAAAAAGGCGAAACGAUUGAAUUGGUUCCACUACCAAAUGGUGAAGUUACACCGUCUGGAUCAUGGUUGUAUGGAAAAAUUGGGAAUCGUUAUGGAAGUCUUCCUGCUCAAUACGUUGUCCCACUUGAUGACAGCAAUCGAGAAAUUGAAGAAUCUCUGCCAACACUUCCUCUUGUUUACGACGACGUUGCUGAUGAAAUUGGUCAUAUGAAUGGUUAUAAAUACACUAUGUUGGAAUUUGCUCUUAAUCAUUUCCGUGGUCCUAAAGGAUUUGACAAUACUUUGAAAAAGAACAAGAAAGGCUGGACAUGGGAAGAUGUUGCUCAUAGGGUAAAGUUUACGGAGAAGCCAAUCUCUCAUUCCCUCAUUCGUUUCGAAUCGAAUGAACUCGACAAACUGGCAUGCGAAACAUUUGCAUGUAUAAUGCGAUAUAUGGGUGAUGAACCGAUUCGACGAGGUGAAACGAUAACCGACGCUGUGUAUCAUCUACUUCUUAUCUGUCAUAAACAUCCUGCACUUCGAGAUGAAGUUUACUGUCAAAUCAUCCGACAAACCACAAACAAUAAAUCUAGCAAGCCCGACAGUUCAAUACGUGGAUGGCGAUUAUUUUCAAUAAUUACUUCAUAUUUUGAUUGUUCUUUAUCACUACGUCCAUAUUUGGUUAAUUAUCUUGCUGAGAAUGCAGAUGAUCAAAGAAGAGCUUAUCAUGGAACUGCUCAGUUAUGCUUGCAAAAUUUGAAUCAAACGAUUCGUUAUGGUGGCCGAAAAUAUUUGUUAAGUGGUAUGGAGGUGGAAGAAAUUACGAAUGGCAAAAUCUUUAAACGUCAAGUUUAUACGCUCCCUGGAGGAGGUAAAAAAGUUGUCAAUACGAAGAGUAUAACUGUUGUUGAAGAAGCGAUCAGGGAGCUUUGCCUGGAGCUAAAUAUCAGGAGUCCAUCUGAACAACAAGAAUUCUGCCUCUGUUACAUUCUAGAAAAAGAAAAUCGAAUGGAGUACUGUAAUAACGAUGAUUACAUUCUGGAUAUAUGCACUGAACUCGAACAUAAACGUCAGCAAUUCCAUUUCUUGUUGAAACGAUGUACAUGGGUGCAUCCGUUGCGACUUGAUCAUCCUGUAUACAUCGAUGUGCUGUUCUUCCAGGUUGUUCCUGAUUAUAUGGAGGGAAAAUUCCUCAUGCGACAAGCUGGUGGAUAUCUUAGCGCCUCUACAUGUGAUGAUAUAACAAAAUUUGCCGCCUAUCUUCAUAUCGCAGCUAACGAUGGACAAAAAACAGCUGUUCUCUCGAAAAACGUCAGCUCUCUGAUACCAUCAGCAGUGUUAGAAUAUCCUACUCAAUCGACGGAUGCUUGGGCGAGUAGGAUUAAUCGCCAACUACGUUCCAUGAAUAAUAACAUGACGAACACACAAGCCAGGGCUGCAUUUUUAGAGCUCCUGUCCACAUGGAAACUCUUCGGCAGCACUAUUUUCAAUCUGGAUGCAGCAUCCUGUGAUGGACGACUUCUAUCUCCAUUAGAAUUAGCGGUUGGUAGAAGUGGCGUGAAACUUUUGGAGCCACGUAGUCGUGACGUAUUGGAACAAUGGUCAUACGAUAGGAUAGUCUCCACAAGGACGGGAGACCGUGACACCAUUGUUGAGAUGAUCGUAGGCAAUGCGAGUUCAAGUCGAACAUAUGAGUUCCGCACAAAAGAGAGCUCAUCCAUAACUCGACUUAUUGGACAAUAUACCUUCAUUGUCAAUGAAAAUCGAGGCCUUUUGAAUGAAUGA